AUGAAUAAGAAACGACACUUUCUGGAGCCUCCAGAAGUCAAAGACUACCUGGUGAAAGGAGAAAGGUUUACUAAGUGGUCAGAGGACUCCACAAAGACUCAUCCUGUCACCAUGAAGAUGGAUCCCAAAGGUUUUUAUGUCUACUGGAUCAACCAAAGCAAGGAGACAACGUUCCUGGAUGUUGCUACUAUCAGAGACACCAGAACAGGGAAAUAUGCAAAACUUCCAAAACAUCCAAAGGUUCGAAACGUGUUCAAUCUCGACUUCCCAGACAGCAACCACCUUGCCAAAGUUCUAACCAUCGUCUCGGGUCCAGACAUGGUGAAUCUCACCUACCACAACUUUUUUGCCUCUAAGGAGAAAGUGACACAGAAUUGGGCAAAUGACAUUCUCUCAAUUGCCUACAACGCUGCAAGAAACAACGCAUGCAGACAAGUCUUCCUGGACAAAAUAUACGUGCGCAUUUCUCUUCACACUAACAAGGACGGCAAGAUCCCAGUGAAAUAUAUUUACAAGAUGUUCCCUGCGGAUAAGAAGAGGGUGGAAAGUGCCUUAGCAGCAGCACACCUCCCUAAAGGAAAGUUUGACUCCAUAAAGCCGGAUGUCUUCACUGAAGCCGCCUUUAAAACCUUCAUGACAAAUCUCUGCCCUCGGCCAGAGAUUUAUGAGAUCUUCACUUCAUACUCCAACAAACCUACCAUGACGAAGGACAACUUCACCAAGUUCCUCAACGAGAAGCAGAGGGACUCUCGGCUCAACGAAGAGCUGUUCCCACGUCUGAGACAGGACCAGAUCAAGGCUCUGAUUGACAAAUAUGAACCCCUCUCUGCUAACGCCAACAGAAAUCUGAUUUCUCCAGAGGGUCUUUUGUUCUUCCUGAUGGGGCCAGAAACGUCAGUCGUCAUGCAGGACAGGCUGGCCAAGAGUCAGGACAUGACCCAGCCCAUACCCCACUACUUCAUCAAGUCCUCUCACAACACAUACCUGACAGCUGGUCAGUUUUCAGGCGUGUCCUCUCCAGAGAUGUACCGUCAGUGUCUGCUGUCUGGCUGCCGCUGCCUGGAGCUGGACUGCUGGAAAGGCAAACCUCCAGAUGAAGAGCCAAUCAUUACCCACGGGUUUACUAUGACAACUGAGAUCCUCUACAAGGAUGUGAUCGAGGCCAUUGCUGAGAGCGCCUUCAAGACGUCACAGUACCCCGUUAUCCUCUCAUUCGAGAACCACGUUGACUCGGUGAAACAGCAGGAGAAGAUGGCAAACUACUGCAAAACCAUAUUUGGUGAUGCCUUGCUAACAGAGCCGCUGGACAAAUACCCUCUGAAGCCAGGCCAGCAGAUCCCAAGUCCUUCUGAGCUCAUGGGGAAGAUCCUCAUCAAGAACAAGAAGGGCAGCCACGGAAAGCCAAACCAGACUAAGAAAACCAGCACUGCAGCCACCGACCAGACCCCAGUCACCACCGCACCCACCCAGGACUCAAACACAACCUCCACAGACCCUGCCAACCCAGCACCCAGCAGCCAGGAGAACCAAGAGGGGGACGCAGCUGCAGAGGACAUCGAGGAGACGGAGGAGACGGAGGAGCAGGAUGAGGAAAAAAUGAAGACGUCAGAUGAGGGCACAGCUGGACAAGAAGUUACAGCGUACGAGGCCAUGUCAUCUAUUGUCAACUACAUCCAGCCCAACAAAUUCAUCUCUUUUGACAAUGCCAGAAAGAAAAACAAGAGUUACGUCAUCUCAUCUUUUGUGGAGACCAAAGGGGAGGCGAUGAUUGCCAAGACUGCUGUUGAAUUUGUUGAAUACAAUAAGAGGCAGAUGAGCAGGAUUUACCCCAAAGGAACAAGAAUGGACUCAUCCAACUACAACCCUCAGCCAUUUUGGAACGCAGGCUGCCAGAUGGUGGCGCUAAACUACCAGACCAUGGAUUUCCCCAUGCAGCUGAACAUGGCUCAGUUUGAAUUUAACGGCAGAACAGGUUACCUCCUCAAGCAUGAUGUUCUGCGGCGCAGUGACAAGAAGUUUGACCCUUUCUGUGACAGAAUCGACACAGUUGUGGCUAGCACACUGACCAUAAAGAUCUAUUCAGGUCAGUUUCUCUCUGACAAAAGCGUGAAAACAGGAGUGGAGGUGGAGGUGAUCGGGCUGCCAGGUGACCCAAAGAAGAAAUAUCGUACAAAGUGGUCAACUACGCCAAACGCCAUUAACCCAGUUUGGAACGAAGAGCCUUUUGUUUUUGAAAAGAUUCUGCUCCCAGAGAUGGCCUCUCUAAGAAUAGUUGUCCACGAAGAAAACGGUAAAUUCUUGGGACACAGGAUCAUCCCCAUUGAUGCCAUCCAAUCAGGUUUCCAUCACAUCUGCCUGCGCAGUGAGAGCAACAUGCCACUCACUCUGCCUGCUCUCUUUGUCUACAUUGAGGUCAAGGACUACAUCCCUGCAGCCUUUGCAGAUUUCACAGAUGCCUUAUUCAACCCAACAAAGGGCACAGAAAAGACCACAAAGACCCCAAAGGAGUCAUCCUCUGACUAUAUUUCUCCAUAUGAGUUGCCUCUUGUGGCCCAAAUCCCUGCAGUCACAGCUCUGGAAAGUGAAGCCCCAGCUGCAGAAAAAGCAGAGUCUGAUUCUACACCACAAGCUAACAAUGAUGACCAAUCAUCUCCACCAGAAGAAAGUGCAGAAGAAGCUAAAGAAGAGUCUGAGAAAGAAGAGUCUGAGAACAAGUCAGACCCUGCAGUUGCUGAAGAACCUCCUCAGACUCCUGAGGAGGCCCCUGUUGAAAAUCCAGACAUGGAUGCAACAAAUACCACAUCUGAAGCUGAAGCUGAAGCUACACCUGCACCUGUACCUGAAGAGCCAGGCCCUGUGGAAACCCCCCAAGAAGAAAACCCCCAUGAGGAGGCAACAAGUGAGGAGGCAGCCCCUGAGAAUGAGACAGAUGAAGCUCCUGAAACUGAGAAGGAGCAGGCAGAUGAUUCUACAACGAACACAGAGCCUCUGUCAGAUGAUAAAUCAGAUACUGAAGAGCUUGCUGCUGUGGUCCUGCCUGUUUCAGAAAGUGCACUGUCUGAGUCUGCAGGAUCAAAUGAUUUAUCUCAGCAACCUACGUCUAGUGAAGAGCCUUCAACUGUGACCACAGAGGAAUUGACACAGCACAAGAACUACCUGAAGCUCAUCAAACGCCAAGAGAGAGAGAUGAAGGAGGCAGAAAAGAAAUACCAGAAAAAAGGAGAGGAUCUGAUUCAGAAGCACUCUGAUGCCUUCAAGACCAUAAAGAAGAAGGCCUCAUUGAAGAAAAAAGAUGGAGAAAAAAGCACACCUGACUCCAGCAUGAAGACCGAUCGAGUGCAGGAGCAGAAGGAGAAAAUGCAGGUGGAGCUGCAGGCUUUGUGGACGGAGCAGUGUGAUCAGCUGAGGAAGAAGAAGGAGCAGUGUGCUACAGAGAGGCUGGCCAAACUGUUGGAGAUGGCCACAGAGAGACACACUAGUGAGCUGAAGGCCCUAGAGAGUGAAUCCAAAGAAAACAAGAAGAAAUCACUCUCAAAAUGCUCAGAAAAAGCAAAGCUGAAAAAGUCAAUGAGUACGGAGAUGCUGGAUGAAACAAGUCAGUCUGAUGCUUCUUCUUUAGAUUACAGCCCUCAGCAGGAGGCUCUGAUGAAGAAACAGGCCGCUACACUGGAGGAGAUAAAGACCCUGACCAAUCAGCUCAAUCAGGAAGCCUUGCAGGAGCACGCUCAGAAGAUGAGGUCCCUGCCAGCAGAGGUGAAGGAGGCCGUCAACGUCUGUGUCGGGGCUCACUUCCCUGAACUUGUUGAUCAGUCUGGAGGCAAGAAAAUGGAGGGAGUGGGUUUCUAUGGGGACGUCUUCCUUGGUUAGACUCUUCAGAGUAACCUUGCCUGUUUUAUAUCUUCAGCUUGUUACAUAAUCGAUAGUCUGAGUGUAACCAUAGAUUAGUAAAAAAUUUAGUGAAGAAAUUCUAAGUUAAAAUUUCAGUUUAGAGCUGCUACUCAUUGAGGUUUUUUCAGUGCUUUUCAGCCGUAAUGAUGUUUUCAUGCAUGUCCUUCAGACUGAAAGUUUCAUGAUUUAUAAAUGCAUUUCCUGCUCUGUUUUACUCUUUCUGUCUCUGAUACAUGACUCACAGAUAUCUUCCACAUGAAAUCCCAUCACUAAGAGAUUCAGCUUGGUACUCACCAACUCCUUUUUGCCCUCCUAAUGAGAGCAAAAAUAAAUGUAGCAAGAAAAAUAUAAGGGUUAUCAGAGUCUGCAGGCUGAAUCCAGACAAUGAGUCCAUCUGUUACACUGUUAGUGAUACUCCACAGAGCCAAAACAAAGCACUCACUCUGAGAUUUAGGUGUGUAUUGGUUGUG